GAGCGGUAAUGCUGUUAUAAGUACUGUGAUUCCUGUUUUUUAGAAAAGGUUGAUAUUUGACAGAUAUGUAUGUCGAGGUUGCUCAACUGGGAAAUCCCCUGAAUUCUGCAAAGAGCUGAUAUAAAGCGGGCGUGUUAUCCAAAAUCUAUAAAUUACAAAAUUGAGUACUAUUUACAUAGACCUACACACUAAAUUUGAAUUCUUCUAAAUGUCGACUCAGCUUUUCACCCUGAUCAAGAAUAUACUUUAUGCGGUCUGCCACUAAUUUUUUCUGUCUGAUGCAUAUAUUUUCAUAAAACCAAUAUACCCUGACAAAAAUAAUUACUUUGUAGAUAUUGAUGGAGCUUUCUUUCGAAUUAUUUAUUAUACACCACAUAAGUGAUCAAUAAACCUCAAUAUUUCUUAUCGGUUUAGCGGAGCAAUCUGCGAUUCUAAAUGAGCCAUUUAGCUAAAAUAUUUGCAGAAAACAUAUUUGUUUAUAGACUAGAUGCUAAUUCAUGCUAAUUGCAAAUGGACGAGUCUAAAAUGAGGAAAGUUGAAAUUAGGCAUUUUAUGCCAAACAAUUGACCUAGUUUAAUUGAUUUUAGAGAUAAUGUUGAAGAGUAUAAAAGCUUAACCGAUUAAUACCAGAGAGUCAUAACAAUAUGCGCAGACUAAAAAAGAGCUGAUAUACAUUAGAAUAUUGCGCAAUAGGAACACAAAGACGAAGAACCAUUAACUUUCGCUCUGACCUUGCUGCUUCUUUAGCAUUUGAAUUCCAUUGAUAUGCGCGGAUGUGGGCCAACCAUAUGCCGACGUGCGCCAAGUUGCAAAAUUCUUUGUAGUUUUUACGGUAGUCGUAAUGGCGAGACGAAAGAAAAAUAUCGAGCAUACCAGGGCUAGCCAUAGAAAGUCAAUGAGAUUUAUAGUCGAGCCAUUAUUAAUUUCAUCAAAAUAUAGAGAAUAAAGAAACCCAAAUAAUAGACUGAUUUCUCAGUAGAUGCGAUUAAUAACGGUCCCAUAGAAUCUGGAUGAUUGAAAGUAAGUUUUUAGCAUUUGUAUAUUGUAUGUGCUUGCACGCAUUCUUUAGAUCAAUAUAAAAGUAUUCGAUUCAUCGGCCAAAGACAGCAUUUGUUUAUUCGCCAUGACGGUGAUCACAUUAAUCUAUUUCUGCUGUGGGAUAUUCGUUGCCAACAUUGUCGGCACGGUAUCUACAAACAACACUGAGCAAGAAACGGGACGAUUCGUUGCCACUCUUCAGUCUCCGGUUCCAGCGCCACCCUCACAACCAAAUGUAGUGUACAAACUAUCUUCACCGCACUAUCCGCAUCCGCCACAUCAAUGUUUUUGUCCGCCGGGACCUCCAGGACCACCGGGUGUACCGGGACCUCCAGGUCCUUCAGGCUCGCCGGGAAGACCAGGUUACCCCGGUAUAAAGGGAGACAAAGGAUCAAAGGGAGAUAGAGGUCACUUUGGGUUGCCAGGCCAUCGCGGUCCAGUUGGGCCGCCAGGUCAUCCUGGUGACAAGCACUGGCCAGCACCUCCCCCUCUAUAUCCUCAUCAACCUCCUAUAAUAAUACCCAUUCCUAUUCCACCGCCACACAAGGGAAAGCAUAAAGAUCAUAAAAGUGGCCAUAAAGUAGUUCCCGGAUUUCCUGGCUUUCCAGGCAUUCCGGGGAAACCCGGGUAUCCUGGCUAUCCAGGUUACCCAGCGCACUCUAGCCCAGGUCAUCCUCAUCCUGGGCGUCCAGGGCAUCCAGGACGUCCAGGACAUCCAGGUUAUCCAGGACAUUCAGGACAUCCAGGACAUCCAGGACAUCCAGGACAUCAUCAUCCUGGCCAUCAUCAUCCUGGCCAUCAUCAUCCUGGCCAUCAUCAUCCUGGCCAUCAUCAUCCUGGCCAUCAUCAUCCUGGGCAUCAUCAUCCUGGACAUCAUCAUCCUGGGCAUCAUCAUCCUGACCAUCAUAAUCCUGGGCAUCAUCAUCCUGGGCAUCAUCAUCCUGCGCAUCAUCAUCCUGGGCAUCAUCAUCCUGGGCAUCAUCAUCCUGGGCAUCAUCAUCCUGGGCAUCAUCAUCCUGGGCAUCAUCAUCCUGACCAUCAUAAUCCUGGGCAUCAUCAUCCUGGGCAUCAUCAUCCUGGCCAUCACCAUCCUGGCCAUCAUCAUCCAGGGCAUCAUCAUCCAGGGCACCACCGGGGACCCCUACGAGAUCAACCUACAGACGAUUCUAUGGAUAAUGUAUUGGAUACACUUGAAAGUCUAGCCGAUGACCAUACUGAUGAUCAAAACAAUAUCAACGACAUCAAUGAUAUCAACGAUAUCAAUGAUAUCAACGAUAUCAACGAUAUCAAUGAUAUCAACGAUAUCAACGAUAUCAAUGAUAUCAACGAUAUCAAUGAUGUCAACGAUAUCAAUGAUGUCAACGAUAUCAACGAUAUCAACGAUAUCAAUGAUAUCAACGAUGUCAACGAUAUCAACGAUAUCAACGAAUCACUGGUGUAUGUAACACAAACUUUGUUUGACGAAGGUGAAUCCAGCAAUUAUCAGAAUAGUACAUCGGUGAGCACUGAAGACAGCUCUGAAGCCACCAAGCCCAACACAAAUGAACAGAGUAUUGAAGAACAGCAACCAGUAAUCAAUAGCCAGUCCUUGGAGAAUAACGAUGUUGAAGAACGCAGUUCGAAAGGUCCACUUAUUUUAUCUAUUUCCACUCCUCGAAAUCCACUCCAAAUAUAUGCAUACGAUAAAAGCAAAUAAAAAUAAAUAAGACGGCUCUAGUUGGUAGUGCCUGACAAGAGAUACCCGUAACCCUUCAUUUAUAUUCCAA